CGGGUCCCCGAAGCUGGCAGAAAUUGUCAGCAAGUUCUUGCAGCACUUCACGCUUGAGAGAUGUUAUGAUGUUGCUGUCUGCUGACAUGCCAAGAGGGUGAGACUAGGCAGACAAGCCCCAGAGAAAAAGGUGGGGACUAGAGUUAGCUUUACUUUUCUCUCUCAUCACUUCUUAUUGGUCCCUUGAUAGCAUGACUCCCUGGAACUCUGGGUGUAUAUGACUUCUUCAUGAUUCUUUAUUGAAUUCAAGGAAGCAAAAUGAGAUAUUCCUGUUUCCCCUGCUCCUUGAAGUGGGUGCCCCAAACCUAGGCUUACUCCUUCAUGUUACAAUUGAAGUGUAAGGAUCAAAGUGUUAAUGACUCUUCUUGUCUUUUAUAGUUUUUCUUCAGUUUUGUUCCUUUCUGCAUGAUAGGGAAGUUCUUUCGUUCCCAACAGAGUUCAGAGGAUUUUGGUUCUUCAGGAGACAACGGGAAACAAGCUCAAACAGGGAUUAAGAGGAAAUUGUGUUGUAUUCCUGUCUGAUUCCUCACUGUGUGGUAGGAUGAAUGUGGGGGUGGCACACAGUGAAGUAAACCCCAACACUCGAGUGAUGAAUAGUCGGGGCAUCUGGCUAGCCUACAUCAUCUUGGUAGGACUGCUGCAUGUGGUUCUACUCAGCAUCCCCUUCUUUAGCAUUCCUGUUGUCUGGACCCUGACCAACGUCAUCCAUAACUUGGCAAUGUAUGUGUUCCUUCAUACAGUAAAAGGGACACCUUUUGAGACCCCUGACCAAGGAAAAGCUCGACUUUUGACACAUUGGGAGCAGAUGGACUAUGGGCUCCAGUUUACCUCUUCCCGCAAGUUCCUCAGCAUCUCUCCUAUCAUACUCUACCUACUGGCCAGCUUCUACACCAAGUAUGAUGCUGCCCAUUUCCUCAUCAACACUGCCUCACUGCUCACUGUACUGCUGCCUAAGUUACCGCAAUUCCAUGGGGUUCGUCUCUUUGGCAUCAACAAAUACUAAGGGAUGGGUUGCAGCUCCACAGGCAUUGAGAAGGCACUGGAACAAAGGCCCAUCACAUUUUUCAUUUCUCCA